AUUAAAUCACGUGACACACGUCUUUCGUCGGAAAACGAAACUUAAAAAUAUCAGCAGUCAGACGAAUCGAAACAGAGCACGGCAGUGCGCAGGACGAGCAGCGGAGUGAAGACGGGAAGGGAAAGGGGGAAAAGUCCGGCAUCGUCUUUUAUGAUGGAAACUGUAAACUACGUCGCUAGACUGAACGAGUAUGCUCAGAGAACACGGUGUGGGCCGCCGCAGUACGAGGACCUCGGCUCUGUUGGACCUGACCAUGACAGGACAUUCACCCAGAGGGCAGUCCUGAAUGGGAAAGGGUAUCCUGAGGGUGUGGGGAGGAACAAGAAGGAAGCCAAGCAAAACGCAGCUAAAAAUGCCCUGGAGUGGUUGAUGGAGUACUCGACAGAAGAGUCAGCAGAAGCGUCGACUGCCCCCGUUCAUCAGACAAGCAUCACUCAAACGAACUACGUGUGUUGGCUCAAUGAAUAUGGACACAAGAACAGGGUGGCUAUAAAGGCUGUGGAGACGACAAGAGUGGGAUUAUAUGAUGCAUUUUCGUUUAGCUACAAGGUUGGUGAUAAGGAGUAUCCAGCUGCAAGUGGGAAAACAAAGAAGGAUGCUAAGGAGGCAGCAGCCAAGCUUGUGUAUGAUACGAUAUGUGGCAAUAAAACUACAGAGACUUCAGACGAGAAUCGCAACCAUACGUCAAGUCAACAUAAUGUUUCUGAUCUCUGCGAUAAGACAGGAUGCCUCAGCGUGAGCUUCGACAACAGCUUUACAGAGACAAAUUACAAAGGAAUUGUCAACCACUACUGUCAGAAAAAAAACUGCCGCCCUCUAUACACUGAAGUGAGGAGGAUUGGUCCACCUAAUAACCUGCGAUUUUUCUACAAAUUAGUGAUCAACAAUAAGGAAUACCCUGAGGCUGAGGGUAAGACUGUGAAGGAAGCCGAGCAAAAUGCAGCUCGGUUGGCCUGGUCUGCUCUUCAAGAACAGUCAGACUGGGACAGCAAGGUUUCCUUCAGAUCAAUGGUGUCCGAAGAUGGUGAACCACAGAUGGCUGCAGCUCCACUGGAGUCCCUGGAAUCAUCAAUGCAGGCGAUGAGCACAAGUAACUCAAUAGUAUUCGUGGAUUCAUCAAACCCUUCCAAGGCUCAGAUGUCUGUCAGGUCAACUGAAGAUGACACACCAAGCAGUAUGUCAGCUUCCCUGGAGUCUGGCGAAUCUUCACAAAGCAAGGCAACUGAUACAAGUAGCUCAGGACGAUGGAGCAGCUCAUCAAACUCCUCUAAGGAUCAGCUUGCUGUGAAAGGCCAGAAACUGGAAACAAAUCAUAAUGAGACCCAGUCCAGGUUUACUUCAGAGUAUGAUCCUAUGGAGUGUCUUGGCAGUGGAGGGUAUGGUUGGGUUUACAAAGCAAGAAACAAACUGCUGAAAAGGGACUACGCUGUAAAGAUUGUCUGCUGUGAAGAGAAAUCUCUCCAAGAGGUGGGGACAUUAUCGGACCUCCACCACCUUAAUAUAGUCAGAUACUACACAUUUUGGAUGGAGGAUUCAGGAUACAACUCUACCCAGUUUCCAUAUAAAUCUAAAUAUAAGUACCUUUAUAUUCAGAUGGAGUUAUGUGAUGGCACACUUACAGCAUGGAUCCGUGAGAAGAACGGUCAGUCUCUGCAACAUUCCAAGAGGCAGGAAGAAAGUUUAAACAUCGCUCAGCAAAUAGUUACUGGAGUCGAAUAUAUUCACUCCAUGAAGCACAUCCACAGAGACCUGAAGCCUGACAACAUCCUGUUUGGAACGGAUGGAAAAGCGAAAAUUGGGGACUUCGGUCUGGUCACCAGAGAUGACGAUGAUGCUUUGAUGGACAGAACAGUAAACAAAGGAACCCCAAUUUACAUGGCUCCUGAACAAAAGAGGAAGAACUAUGGCCGGAAAGUGGACAUAUUUCCUCUGGGGUUGAUAUACUUUGAACUCCUUUGGAGAAUUGCUACAGGUCAUGAAAGAAUUGAGGUUUUAGAUGAUGCCAGACAUCAGAAGUUCCCCCAAGAGUUUUCAACAACUUUUCCCCAAGAGAAACUAAUCAUCAAGUCAAUGCUGUGUGAGAAGCCAGAAGACCGACCUGAAGCAAGUACACUGAAGGCAGAGCUGGAGAAGUUGGCUGAGACAUUCAACACACAACGAAUGCUUCAGAAGAAUGUAACUGUCUGAUUAUCGCAGGGCUUUACAUUGUCACACAUACACACACACACACACACACACACACACACACACACACACCUGUAACAAAGGGUAGCAGUAAACAUUCAGAUCAUUAACCAUGUGAAUAAUGAACAACCUGAAAAAGGGGACCUGGUAUUAUGUAUUUUUACAGUCAAGGAAUGAAACAUGAAGUGAUUGUGUUUUUAAAAAGCAACUUUUACAUUAACUCACCCAUGUCCAGCUUUUGUUCUAAAUAAUCAUGUGCCAGUUAAUUUCAUGUCAACAGUUGACAUUGUCUUCUAUGCUGGUAAUGGAUGAAUGUGUUUAUAAAAUGUCACUUUACAAUCUUUUGUUUUUUCACUGAAUAACUGGAAAAUUGUUAUGGUCACCAACAGGGCAGUAGUGAGGCUGAGGGAUGGGGGGGGUUGCACUUAAAACAGCUCAGCUGUGAAGCUUGGGUUGCAGAGUGUAAACAAUAGGCUUACACAUCAUAUUUAUACCACAUAACCUGUGCUUUUACUUUGAUGUUUUUGAUUGCUUCUAGCAAAUAAUCAUGCCCUGUCUUGUAACAUGGUGAGCUGAUAAUGAAACACUGUAUUCUGUGCUGGAAAUGGUUAAACGUGAUGUCGUGUUGCACCAUUUAUUUUGUAAUGAAUUCAGAUGGAUUGGAACAUAGGAUGUGAGUAACUAGGGUGUAAUGGUCGUUCAACAUCAAGUUUGCACAUGUAUGCAGCUGGAUGAUACAUGAAAUGGAUAUAACCUUUUUUGGUAUCUAUCCUAUUGAUACGCAAGUCAAUACUUGGUAUCAGUAGUAUUGGUACUUUUAGUAUUAUAACGGGGAAUCUUUCAACUGUCCGCUAAAGGAUUCUGUUCAUUUAUCCACCUCUCCAUGUGAAAUGGUGACGGUUAAAAUGAAAACCGGGGACACUGAAAAAAUACUGGCAGUUGUUACUGGAAAACGAAAACAUGUCAAAAUGCAAAAAAUAUAUGAAAAUAAAAUGACAUGUAUAAUGUGUG